GAAGAGACACGCAGCGUCUAGUCAAUAUUUCAAAAUCAUGGCAACAUUCAUGGAACGACUGGCUUUCCUUCAAAAAGUUCCCACUCUGAUGAAAGCAACAGCAGAUGAUGAAUCGCCUUGUCCUGGCUACCUCUUUGAAGAAAUCGGAAAAAUCUCCCAGGAGUCCACUGGGUGUGGUCAGUGCCUGUUGGAGUACCUGUUGGAGAGGCUGCAGGUAGAAUCCUGCCAUGUCAAAAUAAAGGUUCUGAAGAUCUUCGUCCAUCUCUGUGGCCACGGAUCACCUCACUUGCUGACGGAACUUAGACGGAAUUCCACCUUCAUCCAGCAGGCCUCAGUUUACAGUGGUCCCCCUGACCCCAUCCAUGGCACUGCUCUGUAUCAGAAAGUGAGGGCCACAGCACAGGAUAUAGCCAGGUUACUUUUCACAGACACAGCCUCUCCCCAGAGCAGCUUGUCUCCAUGCCAACUAGCCAUGCCCAACAUGGGCAUCGGGUCGGAGUCUGCCCAUGGAUCCAGAAUGCAGGGGUUUGGAUACUGCCCAGGGAAGAAGAUAACAAGUGGCGAGACCCUGAUGGACAAGAUCCACAAGGCUACUGAGUUUGUGGCCAGUGCCGUCCUGCCCCCGACGGAACAACAGGGUAUCCGUCUCCAUGACAACCACUACCGGGCGGUGGUGGCACCCUCAGACCCUGUAGAGGUGGCAGUGCCAGCAUGUGCCUACACUGUGCCUCCUCACAGACCCAAAGUUUCCCAGUGGUGUCCAGGGCAGGUGGGCGGGGGCUGGGAGGAGAUUGACAGUGGCCAUAGCUCCCCCCACAACUCCUCUCAGGGGAACGUUGACCACAGCCAGGCCUCGGGGGGUGGGAGCAGCAAGUCAUGUGGCACCGGGAGCCAAUCGGGAGCCAGUAGGGAGAGCUCCGGGGACCUUUCAGAACGGGUGGAGGCCAUGCAGUUAGGGGACUGUGGCCAGGAGAUGGCACUAAUCAGCAGAAUGACUGAGGGCUCCAAGGUCUUCCUGUCCAGAAAGGAGAGCCAGCACUUCAUCAAGGAGUGUUCCACUCUGAACUGUGAGGUGGUGGUGGAGUUGCUCUCUCGCAGACUGCAUGACCCGUCACAAAUUGUCCAGAUGAGGGCUCUGUGUGCUGUGGCCUGUCUCAUGAUCUCUGAUCUGCUGUCUCUGGAGCAAAUCUUCGGGGCGACCCAGAGGAGGCUGGCCCAUCUGAGUGAGGGACCCCCAGGGGCUGUAGCCAACAAGGCCACCAAGAUCCUUCGUCAGUUUGAGGCUCUGAUGGGCCAGCCAAUCAGUGGUGCCAGACGUAAUGUAGCAGCAGCCAGUAGUGUUCUUUCCUCCUCCUCUGAAAAAAAGCCCCCUACUCUCACAAGUCCCGCACUUCUACUGCCAACACACCCAUGUGACAUCACGGUCCUUAACCGUCACAGAGUGAGGGACCCUGAGCCCUUACGUGGGAGUCGAACUCACCCCCCUCCCCUACCUGACCUGGGCUGGGCCCAAAGAGAUACAUCUGAGAGGUUACUAAAUGACAACCAUGAUGAUGAGGAGGAGAGGUCUGCUACUCAGGAUGAAGAAUUUGUGGAAAGUCAGACUGGGUUCAGGACUGGUGAGACCCAGCUCACCUCAGAUCUUACAGUUAAAGACCCAGAGCUCCAGACAGAGAGGGACCCCAUCCGAGUCAUGCACCCCCAGACCGAGCAGCCCUGUGGGGGCAGACUCUCUUUGUUCAGUGGCAUGGAGCUGGUGACCAGAGGGAAGUCUGUGUGCCCAUCAACCCUUACAGAGAGGAAUGGAGACAUGCAGCCUGAGGCGGAAAAUAGAGACAGGAGGGAACGUUUGAGUGUUGAAACGGAGAGCUUUACCCCUACAAACACACCGCUACUCUGUCUCGAGGACAACAGUGAUACAACUCCCAGGUGCGACCUCAUGCCCACCAGCAGUCAAUCAGCCUCAGCCUUUUCUUUCCUUGACCUCUGACCUCGAACACUGAACAGUAAUGGUUAGGAUAAUGUCACCAUAAGUAUCUCUGCUCUAAAACAAAGACUAUACUGUUUGUCAAGGGAGCCCAGUCCACAGUGUUCACUGGUUUGUAGUGAGCUCUGAGUUGUAAUCUUAACUUCAGAUCCACAAUAAUCCCCAAAGGGAAAAAACCUCUACACAGAAUGCCUGCAGUAUGUUCAGUUUGCAGAGUUAUGUUUUGCAAAAGUGGAGGUAAUUUUCAUGCGCUAGUUCAGGUUAUUCAGAACAGUUGCUUUGACUCAGGUCGUUCAAAAUAUCAUUUGGUUUGGAUUUUGCACUUCAAGGAUUUUAUGUUACAGAGUAACAGUUCUCUGUCACUUGGUGCACUUAUUACUACCGCAAAUAUAAACAUUGUAUGUGUUAUUUCACCAGUGUUUUAGUUCUCCUGUUGAAUAGGAAUGGGACUGGUUGUAGAGUGUGUAGUGAAGUAAUAUUUUAUAUAUACCUCACAUGCGACUCAUAAUAAAACUAAGCAAUUAGCCUAUUAAAAUGUUUCUGACUCCAUAAAGAUAAUUAAAAUAUACAAGCAAGCAUUAGGCAAUGAGUUGACUAGCAGGAAUUGGUUUGAUAAUUGUCUAUAUCAAAGGCAGAUAUUUAAUCAUACAAGGCAUAAAGCUUUACAAGCAUUACAAGGCAUUAUUCCAAGCAUAUAGAUUCUAAGGUUAACUUACAAGACAAAGCAUGAACAAAGAGAUGCCUAGAGGCCUAGGAAAUGAGAAUGGUCAUACAACCUUCCUCCAUGGAUUGGAGACAGGAUAAGAGAGAACAAAGACAUUUAAUUAAAUGUAUCACAUUGAAGGUGUAACUCUUUCAACCCAAAACCAACCACCAUUGAUCAAUCAAACGAUACCAAGUUUACAAUAACCUGACCACCAAGGCCCAAUCUCCACAGGGUGUUACAGCAUCUAAAGGCUUGUGUGGGGGAUGAGACCAAUGUAAAUAACACAGAAUUCCUGAGAGGAUAUUAAAAACCCUUUGCAUAGAGUAAUUUAGAGUUAACCCUGUACAGAUAUACAAGUUACCACAGAGAUCAUACAUACAUAUAUACAGUGCAUUCGAUAUGUUGCACCUAAAGGACUCUC